CCGCAGAUCGCUGGGUGUACAGCAGCAGCGGCAGCGGCAGCAGCGUCCUCUCGGCUCAGGACGCGGAGUGAGCGGCGGCUCUCCAUCCUGUCAACCCACAGCGCGGGCACGGAGCAGGAGGGGACAAUCACAACUUAAACCUGACUCGUUUUGUGAGUUUUGAGAAGCCGCACCAGGAAAACACACAUCUUCUUUUUGUAGUGUUUUUGUUUUAAUGAGUGAGAGACUUCAGGCAUGGCUUCAUCCGUGAGCGGCACAGAGGAGGUCCGGGUGUCCGCGCUGACGCCCCUAAAGUUGGUGGGACUGGUGUGCGUCUUUCUCGCUCUGUGCCUGGACGCCGGGGCUCUGCUGAGCCCGGCGUGGGUCACGGCGGACGAUCAGUACUACCUGUCCUUGUGGAUGUCCUGCUGGAAGCCCGUCAGCUCCGUGGAGUGGUCCUGCACCAGCACGCUGUCCACCGACUGGCAGAUCGCCACGCUGGCCCUGCUGUUGGGUGGAGCGGCCCUCACCCUGCUCUCUUUCCUCAUGGCGCUGAUCUCCCUGUGCCUCAGCUCCAGGAGUCGUUGCUACAAACCCGUUGCUGUCAUGUUGUUUUCUGCAGUGGUGCUUCAGAUGUGCAGCUUGGUCCUGUUCCCCAUCAAGUUCAUAGAGACGGUCAGUCUGAGGGUGUACCACGAGUUUAACUGGGGCUACGGCCUGGCCUGGGGAUCCACCAUCUUCUCGUUUGGAGGAGCCAUCCUUUAUUGCCUCAACCCCAAGAACUAUGAAGACUACUACUAAAAUACACAAAGAAGAUAAAUUGAGACUCUCUGUGUUAACCAGUGUCCUUUCAGUAUUAGGAACUUACUGUUUGUUACACAGUGCACAAACACAGAUUAGAAAAAUAGGAAUUAACUAUUUUUCUACUGUUAGUCCUGAAGCUAACAAUGCUUCUUGUUAGUUUCAGGACUCGUAAUGAGCUCUUCCAUUUGUUAACUUAUUAUCUCAAAGACUACAGUAUACUCACUGACUGAAGCCCUGCGCUGCGCUUUUUUGGCAAAAAAUCCGGUUGUGAAAAAGAAAUCCAAACCAGCCAGUUUAAUUCAGAAAAGAAAGUCACCACUCAGAUAAGUCUGCGUCUCCUUUAAGUGGAGCUCUAGUAGGUCUUAGAUUUGGGCAGAAAAUAUGGAGGGAACAGAUGGAUUCACUGACCCCACACUGGGAAGAACUGGUGAACUAAUUAACCAAUCAGAGCAGAGAAGGCAAAGAAUGAUAUACACUGAGGCCAGUCAGUGGAGUAACAGAUCUUGGGAGAAAAAUAUCCAACUCAAGUGAUAUCCUGAGGAUGACAAAGUGACGAGGACAGGGCACGCAUAAGAAAAUGUGACAUUUCCCCAGAGACGCACUACAUCUGGAACUUGACCUAGCGUUCUACCUCCAGUAGAGUUUAAUAGCUUGGGGAAAGCAUGUCAUAGAGCUCCAAAGGACUGGCUUGAUUUUCCUCUGACCUAUUUGAGUCUAUAAAAAGGCCCACAAUAGUCAUAAUAAACAGCAGCUAUGUAAGACAGUAAAAACAUUCCACAGCCACCUUCUAAAUGAUAUCAUACUUGUGAGAGGAACAUUUAGUGGGUUAUGAAUAGCACAGUCUGUCACAAGUAAACAGUCUGCAGACCUGAGGCUGCUAUUGCAAACCUGCAACAUAACCUAAGUUGUAUCUUGCUUUUUGAUAAAAUUGUUGUAUUAUAUUUAAGUAUGUGCAGUAAGCAUAAUAAAGUAAUAUUCAUUUUCAAGAAGACCAGUGGGAAGGAAGAUGGCAAAUGAUCAUGUCUGCUGAGUGUGUGUGCCUGCCCACAUGCUCAUACCACCCAGCAUGUGCUCACACACCCCAUGUGAUGCUGCCUUAUCUUCUCACCCUGUAGGAAAUGGGAAUGCUCUCAGUAGAGUGAAAUACAGUGGUAGAUUUUUCUGCUUCGGGUAGGAAGAGGCUGUAGCAGAAGCGUUUGGGAGAAAAUAGUGAAAUUAGUUUUUGCUCCUGUUUUAAGGUCCAUGAUAAAGUACUUAUAGCAGAUGCCAGAGUGCAACGUGCUGUGCAUGAGUAGUGUUAUGGUGACUCUGGGAUCAAUCAAUAACAACAUGAAAAGGGGCAGAAAACCUGCACUGAUCUUCUCCUCUUACAACCUUAAUAAAAGUGAGUGUGUGUGUGUGUACAUGCCACCACGACAGAUCGCUGCUUUGAGUCCCACUGGUAUGAUCGCUAACAUAAUAAAGAUGUACUGGGGAAAA